AUGUCCUCCGUCGUCGGCUGGCACGGGCAGCAUAUUGGUAUUGGUAGUCCGCAGAUGAACACGUCAACUGGUCUCGUCUGCGCCGGGCCAACAUCAGCCAUCAGCCAUCAAUCAGCGUCAGCCUCCAUCGUCACAAAGCACAAGGGCCAAGCAAAGGGCGCGCUCUCGGGGCAGCCGUCAAACUUUGUCCUCACCCAUGGAUGGCUUGAAUAUUCCGACCCGACCGGAUGGUGA